GUCCCUGAAAAGGAGCUAUGCACCAUAAAAUGAGGAAGAUGGAUGGACUGUAAUGACUUUGUUGUUGCUAMGAUGGAGGCCGUUUAGUGUGAUGUACAGAAAGACGGGCCAUGAUUUCAACAGGUUUCAUUUCACACUGGAUCCCUGUUUUGGUGUUGACCAUUACUUUACAAUAAUUGAUGUCCUGUUCAUGGCAGCAAUUGAAUCGCUCUCUCUAUCUAUCUUUCUCUGUCUCACACACGCAGGCACGCUCUCUCAUAUAAGCACGCACUUUUUCUCGCGCUCUCUCGCUCUUACUCUCUAUUUUCCCUCUCAAUUACUUUUUGUGGUUUUCCACAGAAGUUAAAGAAAUGCAAUGUCCGAUAAACAACUGAUGGCAAAUAUGAAGCAUUCUGCCAAUGUGCAGAUUGCAGACGCGUACCGCGAGUGCAGUGUCCCAGUGGCGCCAUCUACAAGGUGAGCAAAGAAGAAUUCGACAAAGCGCCGGACUCUCUCGGAGGAAUAAGGAGUGAGGAUUACAGUUUACUCAACGAAUCAGUUGUACUAUAGACAAUGUCGUGGAGGUAAAUUGACACCGAACCUACCUGAAUGUGGGCAGAGCCUGAGGCCUGAGUUAACAGAUUGCCUGCUGCUGCUGUGUGCGUGGCAUGGAUCGUCAGUGACUCUCUUGGAGGAAGUGUGUGUGUUUGGCCUUUGAAGAGCUCUCAUCCAGCACAGAGUGGCCCGGUCCUCCCACUCCACCCCAUCAACCUCCCCACCCCAUUCUCCACAGCUAGCGACAGACCCGGGACAAUAGUCUCUCCAAGAUUUAUGAGGUCCUUGUGGAGGCCUGGCUCUUUGUCAAUAAGAGGGGUUGUAUUUCACCACUUCUCCUUUUUUUUCUCUUCUUGUCUUCUUCCUCUGAAAAGGUGUGGGACCCAACUGGGAAAUGGGAGACGGCUGUUUGACAUGUGAAGCCCGCCUGGAGAAAACGUCUGCUUUCAGGCCUGGAUAUAAGGAAUUACUCAACAACAAGAAGGAAACGUCACUGUACGGAAUGUCGUUUUCCCUCUUUCCUUCUCAUUAACAACAACAUGUCGGAUUGUCCUGACCCUGCAAAUGCUUAGUGUCAAAAUAACAAUGCACCUACAGAAUAUGAGGACAAUGUGCAACAUUUCCUUCUGCAAUGUGGACUCAAAGAUCGACCAGUACUUCCAGCCUACGCUGUACAUCAUUGUCAUCGUCCUGGGCCUGCCCACCAACUGCAUGGCUCUGUGGGCGGCUUACUUGCAGGUGAAGCAGAAAAACGAGCUGGGCAUCUACUUGAUCAACCUCUCCGUGGCUGACCUCCUCUACAUCGGCACCCUGCCCCUAUGGAUCGACUACUUCCUCCAGCACGACGACUGGAUUCACGGCCAGAAUUCCUGCAAGCUAUUCGGAUUCAUUUUCUACACCAACAUCUACGUCAGCAUCGCCUUCCUCUGCUGCAUCUCCAUCGACCGAUACCUGGCCGUGGCCUACCCGCUCAAAUUCGCCAAAGUCCGGCGGGUCAAAACCGCCGUGCUGGUCAGUUCCGUGGUGUGGACCAUCGAGAUAGUGGCCAACUCUGCACCCCUCUUCCACGAUGAGCUCUUCCAGGACCGUUUCAACCACACCUUCUGCUUCGAGAAGUACCCCAUGCAAGACUGGGUGGCGGGCAUGAACCUUUACCGGACCUUUCUGGGUUUCCUGGUMCCCUGGCUGCUCAUGCUGGGUGCUUACCGGGGCAUUCUGCGGGCGGUGCGCGGCAAUGUGUCCACGGAGUGUCACGAGAAGGCCAAGAUCAAGCGCCUGGCGCUGAGCCUAAUCCUGAUCGUAUUGCUGUGCUUCGGGCCAUACCACGUGCUCCUCCUGUGUCGCAGCAUCCUCUUCCUCCAGAAGCCCUGCAACUGUGGCGCAGAGGAGGACCUGUUUGCAGCCUACCACGUGGCGCUGGCGCUCACCAGCCUGAACUGUGUGGCUGACCCCAUCCUCUAUUGUUUUGUUAACGAGGGCGCACGCCAUGACGUUGGUCAUGCGCUCACCACCCUGCUGGGGGUCUUCAAGCGGAAAUCGCCCUCGCCAGCUGACGCACUGACAGCUGGAUCUGUCACCUUGGAGACACCACUGUCCACCAAAAAGCAACUGGGCCUGUACAGCGAGGUCAAGGCCAGCACCUACAAGACAGAGCUGGUGGCCCUCAAAGAGGAGUGUCUUCAGAUGACCAUACUCAGUGUUAAGAAAUGAACAGCCAUCCUGAUCCGCAAUGGGCGGACAUGAGAAAACACAAGACUAUGUGGAAGUGGGGAAUGAUUCAGUUUAUGUAGAAUAGAAUGUGGGAGAGAUUUUAGAAUUCUCAUGUGAAAUGUUUUAUCCGUUUUGGGGAUGACACCUCAUAUUAUGUACAUCAAAUGGUAAACUGCGAUUGAAAUGUGUUUGAUACAGACGAACAUAGUCAUAUCGAGAUUGACCACGAGUACACUGUGACGACAGUAAGAAAGACCACAGUAAGUUCAGUCGCAUAGAUGUGAUGCAAAGUGAAACUAAGGAUGUUUGCCAUCAAACUGUUUCUUUCUCCACCUCGUCAUCUAUAUUAGGUAUGUGAUCUGGGUGGGACAGGGUUAUCUAACAAUGGAUUUGACAUGUUUACAUUUCUCUUUCAAUGAGCCUCCAGAUGCCUUGUAACAGCUCCAAAAAUCCCAAAUGUCUUCUGUCAGCCGGAGAGUGAAGCACAGUGCUACGUGUCUUUGUUCGACAAUUUCACUGGGAAAUAAAUGAAGUGUAUCAUCGUUU